AUCUAUCCAAAAGCUGUAUAGGGAUUAUUUCGUUUUACAGUGCGACAUCAUGAAAGCCAGUCAAGUUUCAGUUGACUAUCGGUGUUCACUAGCACACAAUGAGAAUUGCAUAGUCUAAAUGUAAACUACUUUUCUGAGGUUAAAGUAAAUCUGGCUGGACUUUCCUUUAAAAUCAAACAGUUAUAGGUAACCUAGAAGUUUUCGUGUCUAAAAAGUUAUUUGAGAAGUAUGUAUACCCCUAGGAACAAACUUCAUACAAUGUGGAGAUGGAAAAAUAGUUUAAUAUAUAGGGACAAAAAUAAGAACAAAGAUGAUUCGAGGACAUGAUGAACAGAUAAACAUUUUCAUGAUGUACAUUCAAAGGUGGUUUCCAUUCCUUUGCAUUGCUUUUUAGUAGAAGGCAUGAUUUCUGCUGGUUUUGACUUUUGUGACACAGUCAAGGCACCAAAGCUAAUUUUGCAUGAUAACAAUACUCAUUAAACCUCGAUUUCGCUUGGUGCGGCUAGAUUUCUCAGUCUGAAAAAAACUGCACAUACUAAGGUUAUGUAAACCUUACCUUCCUUGGUCAGACUAACAUUGUAGCUACCUAAACCAAGUGUGACGUGGACCGACAUGUGUCGCUUUGACCAGUGUUUUUGCAGGUUCCCGUUAAAAGCUUUGUAAACCGUCGUCUCAAAUGGUUUUGUAUACGACGUAAAGAUACUUAUCUUAAGCUUUUUCUGUUUGUCUUUUCGUAUGCAGGCUUGCAUAUUUCACCAUGCUAUUUAAUUAGGCAUAAAUUUGUGCUGCUUUACAAUUUCUUCUAUGUAAAUCAUGUUAAUUUUUUAGGAUCAGUAAUAAUAUCAUGGAGAAAAGCCAGACGUCUCGCAAACAAAACAAAGAAAAACUUCAGAAAGAGAGUCAUAGUGAAAUAGAAAGGAAGCGGCGUGAACGAAUGAAGUUGGAAACAGAAUUUCUUCACCGUCAAGUGCCACAUUCCCAGUGUAAGGACAAACUAUCCAUCUUUCUUGCUGGAGCUGAAAGACUUAUUCAUUAUGGUAAUAAAUUAGGGAAACGAGAGUAUAUCAUUAAUGAUGAAGAGUACUCACGUAUAAUUAUGAAUACUAUUAACGGUUUUGCUAUUCACGUAAGAUGUUCUGAUGGUGAAAUAUUGCAUGAAGAGAAUGUUCUAAAAGUGCUUGAUAUUCCUCAGGCCAAUUUUGUAGGUCAGACGCUUUAUGAUGUAGCAGAACCAAGUAGCAAUACCAAACGUAUUAUUCGUGAUAGCCUCAUGUUCUAUGGUUCUGAAAUGCAACAAGCAAAAGAUGGAGAACUUAUUCCUCGCAAUUUCGUUAUUGCUAUGCGUUGUGGACCUAGUGUUCCGUUGAAAAAUUGCGUUCGGGGAUCUGAUGGUCAGUUAUAUCGGUUCAUUGAAUUCUGCGGUGAUAUUGUCUAUCAGAGAAAUAAUGAAUUCUGUGAUUUUUUUGCUUUAUUUCGUGGUGUCUGUCGGCCACUGGAUAUGGCCUGUCCAACAGUCUUUGAUAAUGUACAGCUUGAAAAUCAGACGAAUCAAACUGAAAAGUAUGGUUCACCUAUAAAAUCUGUUAGUUCCGCUGAUCAUGUCACUUUACGUAUUGGGAGCAAUGACUUAGGCAUAACAGAAGUUGUUGGAAAUUCUUCAUCAAUAUUGGGGUGGACUGCUAAAGAUUUAUUGAACAGACAUAUCGAGGAUUUUGUUACUAUUCCUGAACAAAGUAUUGUUAAACAUGCUAUACAAGAAACUAUCGGGAAUGGGUCAUCUACAGCUUACAUCACUUGGCUGAAUUGUGAGAAAACAUGUCCGGUUUAUUUGCAAGCCUUCUUCACAGCUAUCAAAAUAAACAAUUGUUUAUAUUGCAUUGUCUGCAAGUUGUAUCCAUCAUCCGAAUCCACUUCCUCAUCUUGGUGCAAGGCGGAACCACAAUCUCCAAUAUUUAAGCAUUCAAAUUACUCAAACUUGCAACUGCCUGAUAGCCAAAGCAUUUCAUCCUUAAAAUGGAAUAAACCAUAUAAUUACUCUACACCUAGGACAAAUUCAAAUGAAUUGACAACUGGAUUGCAUUUUAGUGGUGGGAAUACGUCGGUCUGCGUAUCUGAAGCAUUAGCACGUGAAAUCGACAACUACAGUAAACUGUCAAAUCCUAACAUCGAAAAUCAUUUUGACGCUUUUAGCACAUCCUACAAGUCAGCACAGCCGAGUGAAGAUGAGCGCAAUACAUCAACAAGGACGGUAGCUAAUAAUCAAACGUAUUUUCCUUCCACGAAGUGUCCUGACAGUAAAGACCCCCAACCAAACCAGUGUCCGGUUUUUACUGUUGACACAGACGAAAUAAUUACUGGAGAAAUUGAUCAAACACUUGAUUCAUCAAAUCGUACAAACGACAUGGAGUAUAAUAAUAAUAAUCCUGAUGGAGAAGAUUGGCGUCAACUUCCGCUUAAUACUAGUUUCAGCAAUAUGCUCCCUGAAGGUGGAUUACCGGAACUAUUGAAUCCUGAUUAUAUAAAAGAUUUAAUUAAAGAAGAUAUAACUGAUCUAUGACAUUUCAUUCCUUCUUUGUGAAGGUGUACUACACAUCUACUAGCUAUGAAGAAUGUGCAAUUAUUUUCUUUUAAAAUUUAUUUACUAUUUAUACUAUUUUCCAUAUGUAUAGUAUAUGUUUCGAUAAUAUUUGUUGCCUUUGUGAUAUUUUCAAAAUAUAUGCAAAUUUAUA